AUGCCGCCCCUUCCCUGUCUAGCUCAUCCAACUAGUCUAGUGGAUGAGCACGUGGGGCUUCAGGUAGCUGUUGCCUCUUGCAGCAGGAACAAACUUUCAGAUUCAGGACAGGGCAGGUACGGUGCAGUUGGUUCAGGGCAACCUACUACAUACCUAACUCUGGUCGGCAGGCUCUGUCUGCUCCUGUCAUUUUCUACCACGUCCAUCUUGACUGUGGUUGAUCUGAGAUCUCGUUUGAGGCUGAUGGUCAAAUCUGGUCUGCAUAUGACCACCCACCUACUGCAAGUUCCUCACUCAGCACUUACUUGUCUCUGCCAUUGCUGUUGCCGCUGGUCAUCUUUGGCUCAAUACUGCACUCAGUUGGGCGAUAGUGCAUGGACCAGUCCUGCAGGGUUGCACGUUUUGAGCAAAGCUCCCCCAAGAAGAGACCCAGACAGAUUCAGCAACCAAGCCCUGAAUAGGUAUGCAAGAGAUACAACAGACGCUGUCGAUGAAGAAUCGAGAUCUGUUGCUAUCUAUUUCGACAAGUUACUAUCUGAAUGGUUCCUGACCGUCUCAUUUGGGCCACUCCGGACGAUCCCCGCCGUGGAUUUCUGGAGAAUGGAGAAUGGAGAAUGGAGAAGGGUACAUCAUUUCAACAUUCCCACUCGCUAUAUGGAGUAUAGAGAGAGUGUCGAAUCAGCGACUUGGCAAUUGCUUACAUUGCUUGUGCGGGCCUAUAGCGAACGUGAUGUACAUACUUCAAAGCUUCAGAAUCCCCCCCUGGAAAAAGCUCAAAAGUCUCGGUUCUCAACGGUCCUGCACGGAAUUCAAGUCACCUAUCUUUAG